UACUUAAGUUCACACUACGACAAGAGGACUUUGGACUUUGACGAUCCGAGAUUCAUCAAGCGAUCUCCAUUCUUGGGUACAAACGUUGGAUUGGCUUACAUAAAACGGGCUGACAUGGACCCGAGAUUCGCCUCCUUGUCCUUCGGAAAGCGGUCUGGUUUCGACUUCGAUGAUCCUAGAUUUACAUCGAUGUCAUUCGGGAAACGCUCAGGCUUCGACUUAGAAGAUCCCAGAUUUGCGUCCAUGUCAUUCGGAAAACGCUCAGGCUUUAAUUUUGAAGAUCCCAGGUUUGCGUCGAUGUCAUUCGGGAAACGCUCCGGUUUCGAUUUAGACGAUCCCAGAUUUGCGUCCAUGUCAUUCGGGAAACGCUCAGGCUCCGAUUUAGAGGAUCCCAGAUACUGGUCAAUGUCAUUCGGAAAACGACGAUAA